UUUUUUUGGGGGGGGGGGUUUGCGAAGGUAGGAGCUGUGCUGCCAUGGGGCCCAAGAAGACUGCUGCUGCAGAGUCCGGCGAGAGGAAGAAGGAGAAGGUGACGCUGGAAAUGAAGAAGGAGAUCAUCCGGAAGCACGACGGUGGAAUGCGUGUGACAGACCUCGCCAGGGAGUACGGGAGGAAUCCAUCGACCAUUGGGACCAUCCUGAAGAUGAGGGAGAAGAUCCUUGCGACUGAUGUAGCCAAGGGAGUCACCAGGAUUGUGAAGAACCGCCCAGCUGUUCUGGAGGAGGUCGAGAAGUUGCUGCUCAUCUGGUUAGAAGAGAAGCAGCGUGCAGGGGACACAGUGACUGAGGCCGUCAUUUGUGAGAAGGCCAAGGCCUUGCACGCAGACCUCGUCCGGCAACAGCCAGGAACCUCAGGCGAGCCAGAAGUCUUCAAGGCAAGCAGAGGCUGGUUUGACCGGUUCAAGACAAGAUCUGGAAUCCACAGCGUGGUCAGACAUGGAGAGGCUGCCAGUUCCGAUGUUCCUGCGGCUGAAGACUUUGCAGCGGAGUUCCUGGAGGUUGUGACGACGGAGGGCUACCUUCCACAGCAGGUCUUCAACUGCGACGAGACCGGGCUGUUUUGGAAGAGGAUGCCCAAAAGGACUUUCAUCACUCAGGAGGAGGCCAAGUUGCCUGGCCACAAGCCCAUGAAGGACCGUCUGACCCUGCUCUUCUGUGCCAACGCAAGCGGUGACCUGAAGAUCAAGCCCCUGCUGGUGUACCACUCGGAGAACCCACGGGCCUUCAAGAAACACAAAGUCGACAAGGAGCAGCUGAGUGUCAUGUGGCGAUCCAACAGUAAGGCUUGGGUCACACGUGUGCUGUUUGUGGAGUGGGUCAAUUUUGCUUUUGGCCCUGCUGUCAAACAGUACCUGCUGGACAACGACCUGCCACUGAAGGCUUUGCUUCUGAUGGACAAUGCUCCUGCUCAUCCUAAAGGCCUUGAGGAGGACUUGUUGGAGGAGUUCAGCUUCAUAAACAUCAUGUUCCUGCCGCCUAACACCACGCCACUGCUCCAGCCGAUGGAUCAGCAGCUCAUCGCCAAUUUCAAAAAACUCUACACCAAGGAGCUUUUCAGGCGAUGCUUCGAAGUGACUGAUUGCACCAACAUCACCCUGCGGGAAUUCUGGAAGGACCACUUUGACAUCGUCACCUGCUUGAAGAUGAUCACCACGGCCUGGGACGGGAUCACCCAGAGAAAUUUGAAUUGCGCUUGGCGCAGCCUGUGGCCAGACUGUGUGGCACCAAGUGACUCUGAUGCACCAGAGUCAACAGUGGUGCAGGACAUUGUUUCCUUGGGGAGGACCAUGGGCCUGGAGGUCACCGAGGAGGACGUCAGCGAGCUGGUGGAGGAGCACGACCACGAGCUGACCACCCAGGAGCUGGUUGAACUGCAGGCACAGGCUGCGCAGGAGCAGGCCUCGCUGGAAGAGGAGGAAGCAACUGAGGAACGGCUGUCCUCCAAAGAACUGAGGGACAUCUGCCAGAAGUGGAAAGAUGUGCAGGCUUUUGCACAGCGGCACCACCCUGACAAGGACCUGACACGUGACCUUGCGAACACUUUUGACACAAGGGUCAUGUCGUCUUUCAGGGAAGUGCUGAAAAGGCGGAUGAAGCAGCAGACCAUGGACAAGUUCUUCAGCAAGAAGCAAAGAGUAGAAGAGGAACCUUCUUCGAGUUGUCCCCCAGAGUCUUAGAAAAUGUAUGUACUGUACAGUGUAUACUUUGGUGAUUUUUAAAUGCUUUUCUGUCAUGUUUAG